AUGCCAUUGCCACUCAACAUGCAACACUCCGAUAUGGACAUGACACGCUCGAUGCCUAUCAAUUAUAACAUAGUGGCCCACAUCACCUUGUUGGAAUACGAACCAAACGAUCCUCGUUUGCUUUCACCAAUUGUGGGCGACUCCACAUCGAGGGUCCUCGCUGGCGUCACUCACCUCAUCGUCGCGAUGCCGUUUAGCCACCUUCCUUCCGACCCUGUGGGCAGCGAUACCGGUUUGGAGAAUGCAAUCUUUAGAGCGAAAUAUUGGAGAGAUUGUGUCACACAACGGUUUGGGGUACCUCGGGCAUGUCUUUUGACCGUGUGCAGAAUGCCGAAGACCCCGCGGGUCUAUGAACCGACUGCCAAAGUUCUCCAGGUCUUUGAAUCGGGUGAAUUCAUACUCUGGUUCAAUAAGUGUCGGAGCAGCUCCGACAUUUCGUUUGAAAUGCGGACGAUGUCUGCCACCCCGAACACAGAACGCUUUCCUCCGCUGAGUACCGCGGCGUUUCGACGUGCGCCACGCAAUGCGCAGGGCGGGAAGCAAGCGCAAUCUACUGCCAGUUCCACGGACAUCCGGUCGGCGUCUUUGAAGGCUUCGCAGAGCAACUCACUGGAGAACGGUCGAGUGGCCUAUCCCCAUGCCAGCUUUGCAGGAUAUCCGUCAUUGACCCCUUCCCCAGCAUCUGCCCAGCAGCCAAUGCCGAUGAAUCAUCCCACUCGGCACUUCGUUCAACCAUGCCAGGGUGGCCACAUGCACCGCCAGGUACCCUCAAUGCCCAGCCAAGUCCAUGCUGCGUCUGCAUAUGGGUCGUACGGUGCGACGAACACAUCAGCUGGACUCAGUGCACCUUCGCCGAUGGGCCCUCCGGUUGCGCCUCCCCUUCCAUCGCAGCCGACAAAUCUUCCCCGGGACAGCCAACAGGUGGCUCCUCUUGCCACUGCACGAUGGUUGUACACGCCUUCCCUCGCGACAGUCCCUGCGUGUGGGCCAUCCCCUGCUCCCGUACCGACACCGACCACAGGCAAACGUCGUCGGUGUGCGGAGGAGGAGACGGACUCCGUCGAGGUCCCUGCACCGGCACCAAAGAAACCGCGGAAGGCUACCAAGAAGGCGGCAGGGAAGCGGAAGGGGAAGGGCCAGGGUGUAGUCACCGCCGACAUCGUUCCUUUCCAAUUGGAGGAACUCGAAGCUGCGUGGGCCGCGGACCAGGUAAUGGGCGCGUCAAGUUUCAGCGCGGGCCCGUCAAUGCUGGCUACUGCUCCACCUAUCCAGCCUCCUGUGCUCUUGUCGGCCCUAGCGCCUCUUCUUAACCUUGCACCGGGGACCCGCAAGAGCCGCAAGCGCACGUCGACUGCGACAGAGACCGACGACGCCACCGCACUGCCGCCCGCGAAGAAACCGCGCGCCAGGAAGGCUGGUACAGCUGCGAGAUGA